AUGUACCGAAGAGAGUGGUAUUAUUGUGACUUUGGUUAUGUCAGUGAAAAUGAAAAGAACAGUGAUGAAUCAAGACAAUGUAUUGAGCAGAAGAAUGUUGCACGAGGCCACCUACACAUUGUUGAUUUGCUGAUAGAAAAAGGUGCUACAAUUAAUGUCAAGGAUUCCGGAGGAGGAACACCUUUAUUCAUUGCCUUACACGAAAAUAAAAUUGAAGUAGCCGAAUUUCUUUUGGAAAAUGGUACCUGUCUGGAUAUUCCAAGUAAAGACAGCAUAAAGAUCCUUAAUGUCGCGGUUGCAAGGCAAAAAGCAGGUUGCUCAGUCGACAGUUGUUUUCGUGACAAUAUAACUCCUCUCCAUACUGCAGCUACCUUCGAACAUACACGUUUAGUUGAAAUUCUUCUGAAGCAUGGUGCAAGAAUUAACUCAGAAACAAGAGAUGAAUGCAUUGUACCAUUGGAUUUUGCAGCAGCUGCGAAACAUUUUAAGAUGAUUAAAUUUCUCUUAGCCUCUGAGAUGUUAUUAAUUGCCGGAGAUCUCAAGGAAGAGGACAUGCUCAUUGUAAAUGUUUUAUUGGAUAAAGUCAUUAAUUUAAGAAUUUCUGACGAGAAUGAUCAAACUUCGAUCAGUGACAAUAAAGAGAUUAUAAAUAUAGUGAGGGAAAAAAUGGGAAUUUUGUACUGCAAUUGUCACAUGCAUUCUGAAUUAUUUGAGGAAAGAAUUAGUUGCAUGUGUUCUAGAUUUGCUGUUAGUGCAACGUAA